CUCUGCGUCCAGACCGCUGGCACUAACGGGCACUGCUGGAAAAGACUCGCGUCCACGGCGCACCUCCUGGAAGUGGACCCAGCGGGGACGGCCAGCUUUUCCUUCCAUAAAAACCGAGGGGACAGACAGUUGCUGUGGAGGUUUCUAAGGAGACUCAGAUUGGCUUCUUUCCUGUUCCUUGGAGACGGCAGGAACCCUCAGGUACCCCAGUGUGUGGAUAUUUAUAUGAGAGACAGGGGUUGCAAGAGAGAGAGAAGAGAAGUGGCACAGGGACAGAGAGAGAGAGUCAGCGAGUAAGAAAGAGUUGGUUGGUGGGAAACUGACUUGGCUUUUUAGUUUUACCUCACUGGACCCCUGCUCCCUGACCCACAAGCAGCCCCCCACCCUGGAUGGAGUAAAAGAUGCGGCCUGAUGACAUUAACCCGAGGACUGGACUGGUGGUGGCUCUCGUCAGUGUCUUCCUGGUCUUUGGCUUCAUGUUCACCGUGUCUGGGAUGAAAGGAGAGACUCUGGGGAAUAUCCCACUCCUGGCCAUCGGGCCAGCCAUCUGCCUGCCGGGCAUUGCGGCCAUUGCCCUGGCCAGGAAAACCGAGGGAUGCACCAAGUGGCCUGAGAACGAGCUGCUGUGGGUCCGCAAGCUGCCCUGCUUCCGGAAACCCAAGGACAAGGAGGUGGUAGAACUGCUGAGGACCCCUUCGGACCUGGAGUCAGGCAAGGGGAGCUCCGAUGAGCUGGCUAAGCAGGCCGGCCUCAGGGGCAAGCCGCUCCCCCAGGGGCAGAGUGAGGUACCAAUGGCCAGCUCCAUCACCACCUCCACACCCACGGAGGAAGGAGAAUGCCAGAGUCCAGUCCAGAGCGGGCAUCGGGAAGAGACAUCCAGAUACCUGGACGGCUACUGUCCCUCGGGCAGUUCCCUUGCCUACAGUGCCUUGGAUGCCAAGUGCUCAGCCUGGGACAGGUCCGAGUGCCCUGAGCCUGAGGACAGCAUCUUCUUUGUGCCCCAGGACAGUAUCAUCGUUUGCUCCUACAAGCAGAAAAGCCCCUAUGACAGAUACUGUUGUUACAUCAAUCAGAGCCAAGGCAGGUGGGACCAUGAGACAAUAGUCUAGGCUUUGCAUCCAAGAGUCUCGGUGUUGAUAGAAACAGGACUACACUCAGCUCCCAAUGGAAGGAGACUGUCCUGCUCCAACAGCCUUCACACUGUUAGAAAAGGACUGGUAUGUGAUGGGUGUGCAAACCUCCAAUGUCCGAGAGCCAUGUAAAUAGGCAUGAUGGGGACCUAUUUUAGGGAAAAGUGACAAGGGUUAAGGACACUGGAAGAGGAAGAGGGUAAGAGAGGAAGCAGUUCCAACUGCUUUUUAAAUCAUGUUGGAUCUUUUGUCAAAUAACCGUAAAAGUGCU